AUGCAUCUGUUCUCUGUUGCUCUUUCUCUGGUUUCUACUGCAGUUGUAGUGGUUGCUUCUGCAGAUGAUGCAUCGUCUCAAUCAAAUUUUGCAGAUAAACAGAAUCUUGUCCAUGAGUCUUUUAAACCCACCACUCUGACUGCACCAUUUUUGGAACAAUUUGGCGCUGACUGGGAAAAACGCUGGAUUCCUUCGAAUGCCAAAAAGAUUGUUGAUGGUGUCGAGGAUGAGGAUCUUCUUAGAUAUCGUGGCGAGUGGGCCGUUGAGCCUUCUACACCCAUUGUCAUUGCUGGAGACGAGGGUCUUGUUGUCAAGACUACCGCUGCUCAUCACGCCAUUUCUGCCAAGUUUCCCAAACCAGUUGAUCCGACCGGAAAGAGCUUGGUUGUUCAGUACGAGGUCAAGCUUCAGAAUGGUCUGGAAUGUGGUGGUGCUUACAUUAAGCUACUUUCUUAUAACGAUAAAUAUCAGGCUGAUUCAUUUGAGGACAAAACUCCUUAUACUAUCAUGUUUGGUCCAGACAAGUGUGGAACCACCAACAAAGUUCAUUUCAUUUUUCGCCACAAGAAUCCCCUUACUGGCGAGCUUGAGGAGAAACACCUUUCUUCGCCCCCUACCGCCAAAAUUGACACCAAUACUAACCUGUACACUCUGAUCGUUCGUCCGGAUCAAACUUUUGAUCUACUGAUCAACAAUGUUUCUGCGUCAUCCGGAUCUCUUUUUGAAAACUUUUCUCCCCCCGUCAACCCGGCUGCUGAAAUUGAUGACCCUAGUGAUAGGAAACCAAUGGAUUGGGAUGACAACCCCAAAAUCUCUGAUCCUGCUGCAUCCAAGCCUGCUGAUUGGGAUGAAAACGCUCCCAUGGAGAUUCCUGACGAGACAGCAUCGGAACCUGCCGAUUGGUUGACUAACGAACCUCUGACUAUUCCCGACCCUACCAUUAAAAAACCAGAAGAUUGGGAUGACGAAGAGGAUGGAGAGUGGACCGCACCAUUGGUUGCCAAUCCCAAAUGCGAGACUGUUUCUGGAUGUGGCAAAUGGCAGCGUCCACUUAUCAAGAAUCCUGCAUACAAGGGCAAGUGGGUGGCACCAUUUAUUGAUAAUCCCAAAUACAAGGGCAUGUGGGCUCCUCGCAAAGUUGCCAAUCCCCAUUACUUUAACGACAAAACUCCAUCCAACUUUGGCAAGAUUGGUGCCAUUGGUAUUGAGCUAUGGACCAUGACCAAUGGCAUACAAUUUGAUAAUAUCUAUGUCGGUCAUAGUGCUGAUGAUGCCAAGAAGCUUGCUGAAGAAACCUGGGCAGUCAAAUAUAAGAUUGAGAGUGCAGCGGAGAAGGUGGAGAAGGUGGAGAAAGGACCUGGUGCCUUGGACAAGGCAAAACAGUUUGCUGAAAUUCUCAAGGAUCAGUCACUCGAGUUUGUUGCUCGUGUACAAGAAUCUCCUUUGGAUGCGGUAAAAGAAAUGCCUCAUAUUGUAGCAUUGUUUGUUGCUGUACUUCUCUUGCCCGUAUUGCUUUUCUCCCUGUUUGCAAGCAAGAGUGCACCUGCUGAGCCUGAAGAGGAGGAAGAAGAAGAGGAAGAAGAGGAUGAGGAAGAAGAAGAAGAAGAAGAAGCAAAAGAAACUUCUAAAUUAGUCAAGGAAACUGUCAAGGCCGGUCAGACUCCCUCAAAGUCCAAGUCAACGCCAAAAAAAGAAUAAAACAAUAUUUUUUGC